CAUUUUAGCUUCCACCAACGUAAGAAUCUAAUCAAGUCCACGGUCAGUAUUUUCUGCUAUACUUCCAUUCCGUGGUUUUUUAUUAACCUUAAACCUUGUCAUUAUAUCAUUGUUCAAUUUUUUAUUCUUGAAAUUCUGCAUCCUCUAAUGGCUCUCUCUGCAACAUUCAUCACUCCUUCACCUUCAAGUUCUAACCUUUACACCAAAUUUCGCAAACCCUUUCUCUCUCACUCUGUUUAUCUUCUUAAACCCUUUAAGAUCCGAGCUUCAACUACCCUUGAUUAUUCCAAUGUCUCUUCCAGUGACAAAUCCUCUCCAUUGAAGACUAGCAACUGGCAGUGGAAAUUCAAGGACAAUUUAAUAAAUAUUUAUUAUGAGGAACAUGUGAAGGAGAGUUCAGAGCCUUCCCAAAAUAUCUUGAUGAUGCCAACCAUUUCUGAUGUGAGCACUGUUGAGGAGUGGAGAUUAGUUGCUGAAGACAUUGCUCAACGUAGUGGCAGUGUCAAUUACCGCACUACUAUUGUUGAUUGGCCCGGUCUAGGUUAUUCUGAUCGACCGAAGAUUGAUUACAAUGCCGACGUCUUGGAAAAAUUUCUGGUUGAUUUCAUCAAUUCACCCAAUGGUCCAGUAAAACAACCAGACAACGAUCUGGUGAUUAUUGGUGGAGGGCAUGCUGCUUCAAUAGUAGUCCGUGCUGCAAAAAAGGGUCUGGUGAAGCCCAAAGCUAUAGCUGCUGUUGCACCCACCUGGUCUGGUCCCCUUCCUAUUGUAUUUGGCCGAGAUUCCAGCAUGGAAACAAGGUAUGGUCUUCUAAGAGGCACCUUAAAGGCGCCUGCAGUUGGGUGGAUGGUGUAUAACAUGCUUGUGAGCAAUGAGAAUGCAAUCCAAUCACAGUACAAAUCACAUGUAUAUGCCAACCCUGAUAACGUGACACCAGCCAUUGUCGAAAGCAGAUAUGCAUUGACAAAGCGACAAGGAGCACGUUACUUACCCGCGGCUUUCUUGACUGGACUCCUAGACCCUGUAACAUCCCGCGAGGAGUUCCUUCAACUCUUUGCAGAUUUGGAGGGAAAAAUACCAGUAUUUGUUGUAUCAACUAAAGGAUCCCCUAAAAGGUCUAAGGCUGAGAUGGAAGCUCUUAACGGAGCCAAAGGAGUGUGCAAAUUUGUGGAAGUGCCUGGUGCUCUUCUUCCACAAGAGGAGUAUCCUGCUUUAGUCGCGGAAGAGCUUUAUCAAUUCUUGCAACAGUAUUUUAGCCCUGUCGCUUAAAAGUUGGCACAUGAUGUUGGUGAAGCUUGCACAUGCAAUAAUAUUAGUGGAUUGAAGAAAGAUAGUAAUGGGACCAAGGGUAUACAUAUUUAUGUAAUGUGGUCUGUUUGAUUUUCAUAGAAACUUAAUGAGUUUUAUACACUUGCCAAAAUCAUUUCCCACUGGACUGAUGACUGACUUGAACAUAACUUCCCAGUGAAAGAUAAAUGUUUCCACAAAUUAGAGGCGACAUGUUUUAUUUGAGAAAAUUGUUUCCCCA